CAUAGCAGAAAACAGAAGGAAGACAGAGUACUAGUAGUAUUAACUAUUAAGUAUAGUACAAGGCCACAACAACAGCAAGAAGUAGAAGGGGAGAGAGAGAAAAACACAAAAGAAAUGAAAGAAAACCCGUUCACAGAGCCAAGAAGAAGAAGAAAAGAAAAGAUGAUGCCAGAAAUGGGUUUUGUGGUACUCUGCCAAGAUUAAAAGCUCUCUCUCUCUCUGUACCUCAACAAGAGAAGCUUUAAAGCCUUGUGUCUGUGUCACAUGUUGAUGUACCUGAAAUGGGCUUGUUGAGCUUAAACUGUCUACUUCUCUCCAAGAAAAUCUGAUUUGAUUUGUCAUUUGAAAAAAAAAAAAGUUUUGUGUGGCUAUUUAGGAGGUUGUGGUGGUUGUUCAAGCUUCUCUUCUUCUGGAUUUUGUCGGAUUAAGGCCAUGCCCCUACCCUUUGGGGAGUUUCAAGGGACGGGGGUGUUAGAUUUCUCUCUUUGUGCUUCAGAUCCAUUGUUGCAGCAUCUUUCAAAUCAGAACAAACCCAAGUGGGAGAAUCUCGACAACAAGGGAGGAGGAGGCAGUUACUCUGUGGGCAGUGAGCCCACUUCUGUGCUCGACACAAGAAGUCCAAGCCCUCCUAUAUCCUCCUCAACGCUGUCUUCCUCUCUCGGCGGCGGAAUUAGCGUUGGUGGUGGCGGUGGAGGGGGAGGAGCCUCCACCGUCACCACUGGCGUGGCUACUACGGCGGUCUCCGGCGACAACCCCUCUGUUGAAACUGGCGCGGAAAGAUGUGGGCUAGGAUUGGAGGAUUGGGAGACUGUGUUGUCUGGGUCUCCUAGUCAAGAACAGUCCAUUCUUAAGCUAAUCAUGGGUGAUAUUGAGGAUCCUUAUGUGGGUCUUAACAAGCUUUUGCAAAGCGGGACUGGGUCUCAAGAUAUUGGAUUCAAUGCUGGUUUUGGCGUUGUAGAUCAAGGCUUUGGGUUUGAAGCACCCAUGACCAGUGCCAAUUUGGUGACCAACAUUGACCCUUUUGUUCCUUCGGAUUUUCCUCCUCUCAACAAUGGAAGGAUAGGUUUGGUUUCGGACCCGAUUACGAACCCGGCGAUUUCAUCUGUUUCCGCUGCCAAUUUCUUGCCGGGAAUGUUUCAAGGAAGUGAAGGCAUGGAUGAGAAGCCACAGAUUUUCAAUCCACCUUUGAUUAUGAACCAAAAUAAGGUUCAGUUUACACAGAACCCGGCAAUGUUCUUGCCAAUCUCGUACGCACAGGUACAAGAGCAUAAUAUGCUGUCUCCUCCACCGCCGAAGCGUCUGAAUUCAGGGCUAAUUGUACCCAAUGUUCAUCACGCCCCAAAGGUCCCGUUUUCGGAUUCUGGGCAGGAGUUGUUUCUUCGUAGGCAGCAGCAACACCAACAACAACAACAUCAGCUUCAGCAGAGACCAGCUACUAUGGCUGUGGCUGCGGCAGCAGCAACAAAGCAAAAACUGGUUAGCGAGGAAUUGGCGAACCAGCAGCUUCAGCAGGCAAUAGUUGACCAGCUAUUCAGUACUGCAGAGCUGAUCGAAGCAGGGAAUCCGCUACUCGCGCAAGGGAUAUUGGCGCGGCUCAAUCAACAGCUCUCUCCCAUUGGUAAGCCUUUUGAGAGGGCUGCUUUCUACUUCAAGGAGGCCUUGCAGUUGCUUCUCCAUGUGAAUGGCACCAACAACUCCUCUUUAACCUCUUACAGUCUCAUCUUCAAGAUUGGUGCUUACAAGUCAUUCUGUGAGAUUUCCCCAAUCCUUCAGUUCGCUAAUUUUACUUGCAAUCAGGCCCUUCUCGAAGCUUUUGAGGGUUAUGAUCGAAUCCACAUUAUAGAUUUUGAUAUUGGGUACGGUGGGCAGUGGGCAUCACUGAUGCAAGAGCUUGUCCUUAGAAAUGGUGGUGCCCCAUCGCUCAAAAUCACUGCUUUUACAUCACCUUCAAUGCAUGAGGAGUUGGAGGGGCGUUUCACUCAAGAGAAUCUGAAGCAAUUCGCUAAUGAUAUCAACAUGGCUCUUGAGCUCGAAAUUCUAUGCCUGGAGUCCUUGAAUUCUGCUUCAUGGCCACUCUCUCUUCGUUCCUCGGAGAAUGAAGCAAUAGCAGUGAACCUCCCAAUUGGUUCCUUCUCGAAUCAGCCUUCGUGCCUGCCUUUGGUUCUCCACUUUGUCAAGCAGCUUUCCCCCAAAAUUGUGGUCUCUCUGGACAGAGGUUGUGACAGAACAGAUGUUCCAUUUCCCUAUCACAUGAUUCAUGCCCUUCAAUCCUAUUCAAGCCUGCUAGAAUCUCUGGAUGCUGUUAAUGUUAAUUUAGAUGCCCUGCAAAAGAUUGAGAGGUUCUUGCUCCAUCCGGGCAUUGAAAGGAUUGUACUGGGUCGUCAUCGAUCCCCUGAUAGAACUCUUCCUUGGAGGAAUCUGUUUUUGCAAUCUGGGUUUACUCCAUUGACAUUCAGUAACUUCACGGAGUCUCAAGCCGAGUGCUUGGUGCAGCGGACUCCGGUUAGAGGAUUCCACGUCGAGAAGAGACAGUCUUCGCUUGUUUUAUGCUGGCAGCAAAAGGAGCUCAUCUCGGUUUCAGCUUGGAGAGGCUGAUGAUUACUUUCAGCAGUGGGGGAGUAUUUCUUCACAUUAAUCUUCACCGCUGCAGAAGUGCCUCAUAUGCCUUCACGCUUUAAUUCCUUAUCGUUCCUGGAUUAUUUAUUGUUGGUCCUGUGAUUCUCUUAUGCCAAGAAGAAUUGCUAAUUGUCUAUGCUACUACUUAAUUUAGGUCUAUUGUUUCCUGUCAAGAAUUAAACCAGACAUUUUGGUAACUGUCACUGGGCUUGUGCAUCUAUCUGAUUUUCCAUCUCUUUUGGAUGAUGGGUAUAACUCUUCUAUGUUGC